ACGAAAUAAAAUAAUUUUCGAAUUUAAUUCAUAAUUACACUGUCAGAUAUGUAUAACAGUUUGUUAAUUAAUGAUUUAACAUAUCUACAUGUUAGUAGAUGUUGUUGCAAUUGAUGGAUGAUUUGGUAGAACUGAAAUCAAGCAGAUUUCAAGAGCACUUUCAUAAUACUUCAAUGCUUUAGCACAAUCAUGUCGUGCAUGAUACACUACUGCCAUGUUAUUAUAUGUCGUUGCAAUUGAUGGAUGAUUUGGUGCUCAAAUUCGAAUAAUUUUCAAAAUUCUUAGUUGUUUCUUAGGAAUACGAAAAACGAAGACACAUUCUCUUCGUGUCGAGAUUUCGUUUUCAAAUCAGUUCUUUCUCUUCUUCUUUUCGAGAAAACUCAAAAUCUCUCUGUCUUUUUCAUCGCUCACACUCGCAGAAGGAAUAAGACCAAAAGAAUAAGAAAAAGGAAUCAAAUGUAAAAUACACAGAUACCAAACGCAAACAUUGAGUGUUCGUUCACUUUAGUUUAUCUCGUGUUACUGUUCAAGGUUUGCAUUAACUUUGUCUUUGCAUUAACGGCCAUCUUCCAAAUGGACACCGCCCAAAACGGAAAAACGGUUUUGUUUGAUUUUAAAUCUCCGUCAAUUUAUCAAUAAACAGCUGAAAAAAAAGUAUUGAUAACGAAUAUAAAGUUAAUACUAGAGAAAAACCCCGUCAAUUCCGCCGCAACUAUCUGCGGUCAUUCAAAAUGUUGGCUUCAAUAUCGAUAUUGAUGAAUUUAGUGAAAAUGUAAAAGAAUUAUAUCCAGAAAUUGUCAAUUUAGUUCGAUUAAAAGAUCGUACACAACGCGAUUUAAAACUGAUAAAAGCCGAAUUUAAUUCAGUGACUGCUCGCAAUGCAGUAUUACAAGCCAAGGAUAUGACAGUGAAUUAUAUGCGAUUUCAAGUAGUAGAAUAUCUAGCACUGGCUCGUGUCCUAGUCUGUUCUCGCUGUAUGGGUAUAGGACAUUUCCAGAAAAAUUGCCCUCAAAAAGAUCAGGUUACAUGUAAAACCUGUGGAGAAAAAUGUGAUGAUAUUAAAGAUCAUGCUUGUUCUGGUAUAGCCAAAUGUAUUCAUUGUCAACAAGACCAUUGGUCAAAUGCGACUAAAUGUCCUAUCAUCAAAGACUAUCGAGCAGCGCUUACGAAAACGUUAGUUGCUCACCACAGUCCGGCUGUGAAUGAAAUACCGUACAAUAUGAACAUUAUGAAUUUUCCUACACUUCCAUCUAAUGAUAGUCGCAAUGCAGUGGCACCUACUGCCCCGUGGGCACCACAACCACAAAUGCAAGGUAUAACAUUUGAUCUACAGACGGAUAUGAUGGCUGGUCUAAUCAAACAUAUCUCAGACGAAGCGAAUAAAACACGCGAAUGUCAUGAAAAGUUUAUGCAAGAAAUGAUCAGGAGAGAUGAAGAGCAAAAACAGAAAAUUAAAGUACUGGAAGAUCGUAUCGAAAAAUCAGAGAGAGAAUUUGCAACGUUACAUGAAGACCAGAAAUCGAAAGUCAAAAAAUUAGAAGAUCGUGUCGAACAAUUACAACAAAAGAAUAAACAAUUGGUGGAGAAUUGUAAUAUAGAACUUCAUGAAAUUACGGGUAGUCUGGUCGAUCUAGGACACAAAGAUGGGGAAAAUGCGGAACAUCUGCUUGAUUGGGCAGUUAGUCAAUCACUUGCAGCAAUCACACCAAAUUGUCCUACUUCUUUAAGAUCAGACCGUGAAAUUGACUACGCGCUAGUUACUGGUGUACAAUUGACAGUGCAAGCGUAUACUGGUAAUACGACAAGUGAUCAUAAACCAAUAUUUGGUGUACUAGCUUAUGAAAAUACAAAAAAUAGCACUGAAUGUCUAACGUACUGGAAAGUAUUCUACUUUUUCCUAUCGUACACGCAUGUUUAUUGGGAAACAAGGUGGGCAGAUAAAAAAUUUAAUGAAAAUUAUGAUAAACUAAAUCAAUUUCUUGUUCUAUUAGUUGAACGAUGUACGAAAUAUUUUCCAAUUGAAAUGGCCCGUGGCGCCAUACCCAAAGAAUUACGCAAAAUGCUCUCCUACAGUCGUGCUCUUGGUUUUCAAGCAAAGAGAACAGGUGAUGAACGACUUAGUGUCGAAUCAACAAGAAUUAGAAAUGCAGUACGUAGUGAACUCAAACAAUUUAGACAAAGUCAAUUAGUAAAACAAUUAGCAGAAAGACAUAAACCUGGAAGAGGUUCAAUGAUGUUUUGGAAUAGAACAAAAAAACAUUUUUGA